CACAUAGUCUCUUUGUUGUCUGCAUAUAUUUCUACAGCCUUUACUGCUACUAACUUUAACCUAAGUUUUUUUCUUACGCCUCGACUUGUCUUUAUCCACAGCUGGCUCUUCCUGGCUCAGUUCCCAUUUCCCCAUGCCACACCCCCCUCGGUUUUACCUCCCCAAUUACGAUGCAUCUUGAGAACAAGUUGAAUCUUUCGGGAUAAUUGGCCUCUACCUUUGAGUUGGGCACUUCCUGGGUUUAAAAGUGAAAGCAAUUAACGGGGGACGGCAUUGCCGUGCUUUAAACCAGGAUGGCAUUGGUCAUAGGCAGGCAGUCGAUCCGUGCGCUUAGGUCCCUGAAUUCAGAUGAAGCUACUUAUGUUAAAUUUGUUAAUCGGAGCCCGCGGAUUGCAAGGCCUUGGUGGAUUAAUUUCGACGGAAUUCCUCAGAAUUAUGAUGACAUUCCUCCGGGAGGCACCCUGCAUAUGCGCACAUAUCGGACUCAUCCUUGGAUUUUUCGGGAUGCAGACACUGGAGACAAAUUGCUUAUAAAUAAGGAUGAGAUAUAUUUUCCAACAGCUGCACAGUAUGAUGAAGAUGGUCCUGUUUACAUGCUUGUUUGCAUCAUAAUUCCAGUAUAUUCACUGAAGGACUGCUGUUUGCAAUCUAUUCGUAAACAAGUAAAGUCGGAAGAUUACGCAAAGUUGGAACUACCAAAGUCAUUGCAUGCUGAUCUCAAGAAUUCUCCAAAUCUGUUAAGGGAGGUCGAAAACCUGAGCGUGAAGUACAGAAACAGUUAAUAAUUUAAAACUUAGUGCACCAUUUCUAUUAGGAACAGAAGACAACAUUUCAUUUUGCCAUCGCAAUCUUGUUUUAGCAUUACUCCUUUGUUAAUGUGGCUUUGCUGUGUUCAAACUGGCUGCUGUGUUUCUUACAUUAUAACAGUGACUACACUUCAAAGCUAUUUUGUUGGCUGUCAAGGGCUUUGAAAUGUCGGGUGGUCAUGAAAAGCGCCACAUAAAUGCAAGUCUUCCUUUCUUGACGAUCUGAAAUUAUAAUUAACUUCCUUUUGCCAGAGUUUCUCAAUUUCAAACAGUUUGCAGAAUGAUUUAAUAUUUUAAGGGGAUGUUCAAAAGAGUUUUUUUAUAUACAGAUUCUAGUCUCCUGAGAAUUAUGGGCCAUGAUUUACCCAAGAAGUGGACAGCAAAGUGCACUCAAAAUUUGAUGAACCCAACUGCAUAACCAACAGAGCCGUCAGACUCUGGGAAUUCUAAUUGCUGUUGAAGGAUAGCAGUCAGAAAGCCAUUUGACCGGAAGAACUGUUGGGAGGCUACAAGAAAAUGGGAGUGCUUGCUCUGCAGCCACAUAUGCCUUGUUCCUGUCUUCCUCAGACUGUCUGAUUUUGCAUACAAGCACAUUGCCAGACCUUCUGAGCAUUUUUGAAAAUGGGCACCUUUCUGACACAUUUCUAUGUAUCCCUUGCCCCAUAUCUGUUCACAGAACAGGCUGUAGAUGUUUGAGAAAUCACAAACAAUACAAAAGAGGGAUGUGCCUGAUGUAACAUGCGUGCACUUCCUUUUUCUCUCAUACCGCCUAGGAAAUAUGGAUUUUCUGGACACUAGGGGGAAGCAAUAUUAGGCCACAGUCUUUGGGAUGAAUAUUAUUCCCGCAAUAAUGGUCCGUCCUCGUCUUAUCAGACUGCGGAUCAACAAAGCAAUCUUCAGUUAUUGAUUGUUUUUGAAUCUCAUAUUGGGCCUGAUUUUAACCCUGCAAGUAGGUGGGUUUUGAAAAGGUUAAAAUCUCUUUUGAGUCAGUUCUUUACACGGAGCAAGUAUUACACUACAAAUACGCCAAUUUCUUCCUUUCUCAUCUGUUUUUCUGGAUAUGAAUAUUCUUGCCCUUGGAUAUCAUCCAUUUGAAUGAGAACUUACACCACCCAAUCAAUUUUUGAAAGUCUUUAUCAUUUUGGAUGCUAUUAAUGGCCUUCAAUCUUGGAGUGUGUUUCUCAAGUCUUUAAAAUUUGUUAUUUAUCAUUAAAUCACAUUUACAUUGAAUUCA